GAUGCGGCGGGGCCUUGCGAGCGUCCGGGGCUGAGGCGCAGCCGCGGGCCUGGGCGUUGCACGCGCGCAGACAGCCAAGAUGGAGACGUGGCGCUGUGUGAGGAGGGGCUACGGCCGCUGUGUGGCGGGGCGAGGCCGGUAUUCCAUGUUUCCCUAUCCUCUGAAGAGUUUGGGUCAAGACUGGACCACACCGUGUGAGGAUCUGCAGAGGUAUUGCUGGAACAGACACAUUUCCGGUUGUCUGAGGUGGCCUGGCCAUUACUCACGUGCUCCUUACCCAUACCUGAGUAGCAGGCAUUUCUCACUGAACUGUAGACCACCUCUUCUUUUUGAGUCUGGAAUUCAGUUUCAGUACUACAAUUGGAGACCUGACCAUCUGAGCAACACAUCCUUAAUCCAUCUCUCCAGUUACAUCAUGAACUCUGACAGAGAUGAGCCCUCAUCCAAACGAAGAAAAUGCCAUGGAACGAUAAAAAGGAAUUGGGAGUAUUUAUGUAGCCAUAAUAAAGAAAAAACGAAGGACCUAGAAGACAAAAAUGUUGACUCCACGUGUGAGGACAAUGAAGAAAAGUUUGACUUUUCAGUGAUGUCUUACAAUAUACUCUCCCAAGAUUUACUGGAGGACAAUUCACAUCUUUACAGACAUUGCCGGCGCCCAGUGCUACACUGGAGCUUUCGGUUUCCCAAUAUUCUGAAAGAAAUCAAGCAUUUUGAUGCAGAUGUGCUUUGUCUACAGGAAGUUCAAGAAGAUCAUUAUGGAACAGAAAUCAGGCCAAGUCUGGAAUCACUGGGUUAUCACUGUGAAUAUAAAAUGAAGACAGGAAGGAAACCCGACGGCUGUGCCAUUUGCUUCAAACACUCCAAAUUCUCACUCCUGUCAGUAAACCCAGUGGAGUUCUGCCGCCGUGACAUUCCUCUGCUGGACAGGGACAACAUUGGAUUGGUAUUACUCCUACAGCCCAGGAUCCCACAUGCUGCGUCCCCCUCCAUCUGUGUAGCUAACACACAUCUGCUGUAUAACCCACGGCGAGGAGACAUUAAACUCACCCAAUUGGCAAUGCUGCUUGCAGAGAUUUCCAGUGUGGCCCAUCAGAAAGACGGCAGCUUCUGUCCCAUCAUCAUGUGUGGUGACUUUAAUUCUGUUCCUGGUUCUCCACUCUAUAGUUUCAUAAAGGAAGGAAAACUGAAUUAUGAAGGACUUGCGAUUGGAAAGGUAUCUGGCCAGGAACAGUCUUCACGGGGACAGAGAAUUUUAUCUAUUCCAAUUUGGCCCCCAGACCUAGGCAUCUCUCAGAACUGUGUAUAUGAGGCACAGCAGGUUCCCAGAGUAGAAAAGACAGACAGUGACCGAACACAAGCUCAGCUGGAGAAGACAGAGGUUCUCAUGUCAGCUGAAAAUGUGUCUUCGCAUCUCCAGCACCACUUCAGCUUGUCAUCUGUCUACUCUCAUUACCUUCCUGGCACUGGACUUCCAGAGGUGACCACCUGCCAUUCCCAAAGCGCCAUAACCGUUGAUUAUAUUUUCUACUCAGCAGAAAAGGAGGAUGCUGCUAGGGGUCCAGGAGCUGAAGUUGCUUUGGUUGGGGGCUUGAAACUUCUAGCUAGACUAUCGCUUCUUACAGAACAAGACCUGUGGACUGUGAAUGGACUUCCCAAUGAACACAACUCCUCAGACCACCUGCCUCUACUGGCUAAAUUUCGGCUUGAAUUCUGACUCUGUUGCUCAUUCACACAAUUUUCUGUCUUCUCAAAGGCUGUAAAGAUAUUUUUAACUGUUUGCAUGCUGUUCAUUGUUGUGCUGUGGGUUUCAGAAUUUGCUAUAUGCUUGAAACAGAUUGGAAGAAACAACUUUACAAGUUUUCUUUUUUUAAUGAAAUAUUUUCCUGACAAUUGAUGUCUAAAUACUUUAUUGUAAAAAGAUAUAAAUAACUUCUAAGUUCUGGUAAAGUUAAUAGCAUUUUUUAAAAACAUAGUUCAUCUCCUUGGCCCUCCAGAUAUGAAUUCAGUGCUUUCUGGUUGACCUGCCAGGACUUGCAAAGCUCAGGUUGUUGCCUUUUUUCUGGAGGCCUAAUUUCACUGAGAGGAGCCUGUGCUUGUUGAGAGCUCAUCCAUUCCUAGAAAUCACUGAGCCAUCUUUUCACAGGUGUCCAACCACAUUAGCUUCUGAAGAGGCUCGAUGAUGCUCUUGAGUUGUAGAGCAUACCGACCCACUUCACUGCUGUCCUGAGCUGUGGGGUAUGUCUGCAUUUUGUUAGGUUAUUCUCAGAAGAGGGCAAAGCUCUUAGCCAAUUAUGAGGGUACAUACCUAUAAUCUUAGCAUUUGGGAGGUGGAGGCAGGAUUAGCCACUUAAAGCCAGCUUUAGCAAGAUAGCAAGUUUAAAGCCAGCCUGGGCUACAUGAAACCCGGUCUUAAAAAGAUAACAAAAGCCAUUUGGUGGUAGCCCACACUUUUAAUCCCAGCACUUGAGAGGCAGAGGCAGGCGAAUCUCUGAGUUUGAGGCCAGCCUGGUCUACAGAGUGAGUUCCAGAACAUCCAGGGCUACACAGUGAAAUCCUGUCUUGAAAACACAUGCAAAAAAGAGAGCCCUUUAUAGAAGCCCACUCCUAUCCUGUACAGGGGUUGCCCCAAGGAAAGCCAAUGAGCCAGGUGCAGCCAUGCACAUCUGUGUUGCCUGUAUGUGGGAGAGCCAUUGUAUGUCCAGACUAACUAGUCAGGGCUUCAAAGCAAGACCCGGUUCUCAAAGAUAGACAAAAAGAUGGCAAAUUCUUGCUUGUGCUUCUGUUCCCCUGCAUUUCCCUUUGUAUUUAAUGACAGUAGAAGGCCCUUGAGUGAGGAGUAACAUUUUGUUGAAACAAUUUUGUAUAAAUACUAGAAAAGGUCUUUGGAAAGAAGUAGCAGCUAUACAGCUAUUCAUUUCCUCCAGUGCAAAAGCCAGAGUGUAGCAAGGCACAGCUUAUACUUGGAGCCCCACACGCCACUCUUCACAUCCAAUUAGCUGUUGGCUGCAGGGUUGAGCUUUCUGCAGGGUGACAUGGCUCACACUGUCCACGAAGCCUCACAGCAAGUCUGAUGAGCCCUGUAGCUAGCCCUGUGCAAGUGUCAGUAAAAGACUUAAAUGUAAGUACAUCUGCUUUCUAAGAUGGUAGAAUCAGAUUACAGGCAUUUUUACUAAGUCCUUACUUACACUUUUUCUACAGUGAGUUUUACUAAUAGAAUAUUUUGAAUUAGUAAGUCUUGACAAUUCAAAUUUUUAACUCAUUGAUUAGUUAUAGGUCUCCUAGGUGCAGAGUGUAAAGACUGGUUUCCAUUGGCAGUAGUGACCGCAGUGCCAAGAUGCCCAGUUUCAGUGGUGCUUUGUGCAGUGCUAAGAGUCCUGUUAGAAUUACAGUGGUGACUGUCUCUCUUUAAUAUGGGGUGCUGGAUUGAGUGAAUUAUUAUAAAUAUCAUUGUUGACAAGCUAACAUUCCUAAAACCUCUGUAAAAAGUUUUUAUAUCCUGACGAAUAUAUUAUGAGUUUAGGCUCAUUUCAUGUACUUCACUUUGGUACAGUUAACCUAUAAAUUGCUGUAGCUUAUCAGUGUUAAUCUGUGGUCACAGACACUUUUCACAAGCUUUUAAAGCUCCAAUAAAAAUGAUCUAUUUUCUCUACUGUUCUUGACAGAGGAGCUGACAGCUCUGGGCCCUGUGUUUACCUGCCAAGCACAAUCUGAUCUGGCUGACCGCAGAAGUCAGAUCUCACAGUCUAAAGUGUGUGUGUGUGUGUGUGUGUGUGUGUGUGUGUGUGAUCGUGAUCUGGCUGCCUGCAGAAGUCAGAUAUCACAGUCUAAAGUGUGUGUGUGUGUGUGUGUCUGUCUGUCUAAAGGUAAGCCUUGGGUGUUAUUUCUCAGGUGCCAUCCACCUUUUAUUUUUAAGACAGGGUCUCUCACUAGCCUGGAACAUGCCAAAGUAGGUAAACUGGCUACACAGCAAAGCUGAGACUCUCCUAUCUCUGCCUCCUUCAUGUGGGAUUACAUGUGGAUACCUGGCUUCUCAUGUGGGUGUUGGGGCUCACACUCAGGUCCUCCUCUAACUGAGCCAUCUCCCCAGCCUCCCACUGGCUAAGUCUUAAAUGCAAAGAGAAACUGUAGAGUGAUGAUAGUCUGGUUUUUACUGUACCCUUUGACAUCAAGAAAAUAGGCAUGCUUAAAACCCUGUCUUUCAGGAUUUAACAUCUGCUAGCUUUUAAUCCUUUGUUUAAAAAAAGGUUAUAAUGCAUCGAGUCCUUUGUACUUUGUACCUAUAAGCUGUAAUAAAUUAUAUUUGUA